GGGAGGGUAAGUUGUGGAAAGCAGAAGAUAAUCAGCUAUGUUCAUGUGAAGAGUCUUUAGACUGUCAGACCUGUUACUUUACUAAAUAACACAAAUACACAAUAAACAUUAAAUACUGCAACUACAAUCUAAAUUAGCAGUUUAAUGUAUUAAUGAUCAAACCGGGAGUUUGGUUUAAUAUGUAAUCAGAUUUCCUCUCUGGAAAGCACUUCUGAUGUUAUUUUUGUGAAUAUUGUCUGUAUAUAUCAUUAAAUAAUAAUUCUGCAGGACGGUGAAACAGCCUCGGGUUUGGCCGUUAAUCCAUACAGUACACUGAAAAAUAACAGCAAUAUCACAUAAGGGGUUACAGAGAGAAAAGACAACAGAACAUGAAAAGAAAGAAAAUAGAUGAAAAGAAAAAAGGAGAGGAAAGAAAUGAAAACAAAAAAUAAGAGAGAGAAAUAAGAAAAAGUAAAAAUAAAACAAAAAUAAAAAAAGACUGAAAAGAAAAGAUAAAAGAUAAAGAAAAGAAAUCAAAUCAAAACAGAAAAAGAACAGAAAAGCAAAGAAAUGAACAGAAAUAUAAGAAAAAAAUAAGAGUAAGAUCAUAAAAGAAAAAUGAAGAAAAAGAGAAAAAUCAAAGCUAAAUAAUAAGGGGGAAAAAAACUAAUCCAAAAAAGAAGAGAAAGAAAAAGAAAAAAGAAAAUGAAGGAAAAAAAAUACAAGAAAAAACUAAAACAAAUCUAAACAAAAAAGAAGAGAAAGAAAAAAGAAAACAAAAAUAACAAAUAUGUUUUUUUAAAUAAAAUAAAAGUAAAAUAAAAGAUAAAACAAAAAUAUAAGAAUUGAAGAGAAAAUAAAGAAAAUAAAAAGAAGAGAAAAGAAGAGAAGAGAAGAAGAGAGAAGAGAAGAGAAAAGAAGAGAAGAAGAGAGAAAAGAAGAGAACAAGAGAAGAGAAGAGAAGAGAAAAGAAGAGAAGAAGAGAAGAGAAGAGAAAAGAAGAGAAAAGAAGAAGAGAGAAAAGAAGAGAAGAAGAGAAGAGAAGAGAAAAGAAGAGAAGAGAAGAAGAGAAGAAAGGAGAAAAGAAGAGAAGAGAAGAAGAGAGAAAGAGUGGUCAGUGUAAUUCUAUUCAUCUGUCAGGAUGUUGAAAUUAUUCCCUUCAUUUUCUCCUUUAUCUCUGUACAUUAAUCCAUCAAUACAAAUCAUUCAACAACACUCAGAGUUUCUCACUUUCUCUCUCUAAACACUCUCUAAACUCUCACACACAUACACACACCCUGCCCACACACACACACACACAGACACACACACACACACUGAAACCCCUCCUCCUGCUUCAUUAUCUGGACCGAGCGCUCCUUUAUAAAUGGAGGCUUUUUGGAGGACUUUAUUCACACACUCACACACUCACACACCGACCCCUAUUCAAGACCACCACUCACACACACAGACACACACACACACACACUCACACGCAGACACAAAGCAUCUGAAAGCCAUGACUGAGCUGAAGAGUAAGUUGUUUUGGAGAGCCGUGCUGGCUGAGCUGGUUGGGAUGACACUCUUUAUUUUCCUCAGCAUCACCGCCGCCAUCGGAAACGAGCACAACAUGCACCCGGACCAGGAGGUGAAGGUGUCGCUGACGUUCGGGCUGGCCAUAGCCACGCUGGCACAGAGUCUGGGCCACAUCAGCGGCGCACACCUGAACCCGGCCGUCACCAUCGGCAUGCUGGUCAGCUGUCAGAUCAGCAUCCUCCGUGCCGCCUUCUACAUCCUGGCCCAGAUGCUGGGGGCCACGAUGGCGAGCGGCAUGGUGUACGGCAUCCGGCCCGGAAACGAAACCGCGCUCGGGGUCAACGCGCUGAACAGAAUCACUACGGUGCAGGGGGUCGGUGUGGAGAUGUUCGCCACCUUCCAGCUCGUGCUGUGUGUGUUAGCCGUUACGGAUAAACGUCGGCGUGACGUUGGGGGAUCGGUUCCUCUGGCCAUCGGGUUCUCCGUGGCUCUGGGUCACCUCACCGCCAUCAGCUUCACAGGAUGCGGCAUUAACCCGGCUCGAUCCUUCGGCCCUGCGCUCAUCUCGGAAAACUUCGCCGAUCACUGGGUUUACUGGGUGGGCCCGAUGUGUGGGGGCGUGGCUGCGGCACUCAUCUAUGACUUCCUGCUUUACCCAAAGAUGGACGAUUUUCCCGAACGCAUGAGAGUUCUGGUGUCUGGACCGUCGACUGACUACGACGUCAACGGACGAGACGACACACCGGCCGUCGAGAUGUCCUCGAAGUGAUGAUGGAAAUGCUGUUCUCGCUUUGAAAUGUUCCGCUGUAGAGUUGGUUCUUUUUUUAUUGUUCCGACCACCGGGCUUGCGGUGGAAACUCCAGAAGUAGAUGAUGAGCGUCUUCAAAUUCAGGGCGUCCUUAUCGACGUUCCCUUUCUCCCCAGGUCCAAACCCUGAUACUGAUUUUGAGUUUUAUUAAAUGACGAUUCGAUUCGAGCCAAAAUCACCUUUUAUACUUUCCCAUAACGCAUUCCUGCGAUCUGAUGCAAUUUUCUUUCUUGAAAACAGGAAUACUGAAAGCGAGCAGAUUAGUUAGCAAGUCAAAUGAACUAGCAUGCAAAGUUCAAAGUAAUAAAGAUCUUCACGCAAAUUGUUGUGGUCAUUAAGGCUGUAUUUAAAAUCGCAUUACAAAAUCAAGUUCAGUGUUUAUUUUUGACUAAAAUAAAUGAUUUUAUUUGUCAUGAAUGAUCCAGUUCCUGAGUGUAUCAUACACUAAAAGCCUUAAAUUACCUGUAAAUAGCUCUUCUUUUCUGUUAUUGAUUUACUUUUCCUAUAAAAAAAAAAAAUACUGUUUGUUGCAGCAACAUUUUUAGUUUUCUUUCUUUUUCAGUUCCUGCUUUUUGUAUGUACCUAAAAUUUAUUUUAAAGAAUUUUUUUAAAGAAAUUUUAGUUGUAAUAGUCUAUAAUUUUUGUAAACAGUAUUUUUUUUUCUAUGUAAAUGACUGUAUUGUUUUACAUUUUGUACUUGAGUAACAUUUGAGCACUACGAUUUUCCUUUCCUUCACUUUUUGUAAGUAAGUAAAUAAA